CCAGCACUGAAAACGAAUGGGGAUUGAAUUGCUUUGCCUCUGUUUCCUAUUCCUGCUAAGAAAUAACUAUGUGCAAGGGACCUGUUCUCAGGAAAGCACAGUGACUUGUGAAGAUUGUUUGCUUUCCGGACCACACUGCGCUUGGUGUUUGCAAGAGAAUUACACAGACUCAUCUGGAAUUCAUGGGAGGUGUGAUACCCUGGAAAAUCUUUUGUCCAAAGGAUGCCAGCUGAAUUUCAUUGAGUUCCCCAUUUCAGAAGUAGAAAUUCACAGAAAUGAUCCCCUAACUGCAUCAUCCCAGAAGACCAGUUCUGAUGUCACACAGAUUUCUCCCCAGAAAUUAACUCUGAGGCUGCGACCAGGACAUGCAGAAACAAUACAGAUCAAGGUUCGCCAGACUGAAGAUUAUCCAAUUGAUCUCUACUACCUCAUGGAUCUUUCAGCUUCCAUGGAUGAUGAUCUGAAUACAAUCAAAGAACUGGGUUCAACACUUUCCAAAGAGAUGUCAAAACUGACAAGCAACUUUAGACUGGGGUUUGGAUCUUUUGUUGAAAAACCAGUUUCACCAUUUAUCAAAACUACAGCUGCAGAAAUAAAGAACCCUUGCAGAAGCGUACCAUACGAGUGCUUACCCACCUUUGGAUAUAAAAAUGUUUUGCCCCUAACAAAUGAUGCUAAAAAAUUCAAUGAAAUUGUGAAAGGACAGCGAAUUUCUGCUAAUAUAGACACUCCAGAGGGAGGAUUUGAUGCAAUCAUGCAGGCAGCAGUUUGCAAGGAAAAAAUUGGCUGGAGGAAUGAUUCUCUACAUUUGCUGGUGUUUGUGAGUGAUGCUGAUUCCCAUUUUGGGAUGGACAGUAAACUGGCAGGGAUUGUUAUUCCUAAUGAUGGGAACUGUCAUUUGGACCACAAUAAUGAAUAUUCCAUGUCAACUGUUCAGGAGUAUCCAACAAUUGGACAAUUAAUUGACAAACUCGUGCAAAACAAUGUUCUUUUAAUUUUUGCUGUAACAAAUGAGCAAGUUCACUUAUAUGAGAAUUAUGCAAAGCUUAUUCCUGGUGCUACCGUUGGACGACUACAGAAGGAUUCUGGAAAUAUUCUCCAGUUGAUCAUUGCUGCAUAUCAGGAGCUGAGGUCUGAGGUUGAAUUGGAGAUCCUGGGAGAGACAGAAGGGCUCAAUCUCUCCUUCACAGCCAUCUGUAACAAUGGGACCUUUUUUCCACAUCAGAGGAAAUGCUCUCAUGUGAAAGUGGGAGAUACGGUCUCUUUCAAUGUGACUGUUAGUCUCGCUUCUUGUGACAAACCCAGAAGGCUUAUCAAGAUAAAACCUGUGGGGCUCAGCGACAUGCUGGAGAUGGAAAUUCAUCCCCUCUGCAGCUGUAACUGCCAGGCCAAGGCCGAGAAGAAGAGCCCGAAGUGCAGCCAAGGCAAAGGCUCCCUGGAGUGCGGGGUGUGCGUGUGCAGCCCCGGCUACGUGGGGCCGCGCUGCGAGUGCCACGAGAGCUCCCUCGGUGCCAGCUCCUGCAGGGGCCCGGCCGAGCACAGCUCCUGCAGCGGGAGAGGCGACUGCCUCUGCGGGCAGUGCCUGUGCCACCCGUCCCCCUACGGGAAGGUCUACGGGCCCCGCUGCGAGUGCAACGACUUCUCCUGCGUCAGGCACCGCGGCCUGCAGUGCGCGGGCAAUGGUGACUGUGACUGUGGGGAGUGCAGGUGCUACAGUGGAUGGACUGGUGAAUACUGUAAUUGCACAACUGAUACCAGCACCUGCAUUGCUGAGGAUGGGACACUGUGCAGUGGGAGAGGUGAAUGCAUCUGUGGGACAUGUGCUUGCACCCAUCCAGGGGCUUCGGGCCAAACAUGUGAAAAAUGCCCUCUCUGCGGUGACCCCUGCAGCUCCAGAUGGAGCUGUGUAGAAUGUCACUUGGCUUCUGAUGACAAGUCACUGGGAGAUUGCAGUGAAAAAUGCAAAUUGGUUGAUGCAACUGUCAGUGUGGCAAAGGAUUAUUCAGAGGAUAAAUCCAUUUCCUGCUCUUUGCAGGGGGAAAAUGAAUGUAUAACCACAUUUCUACUGUCUGUGGAUGAACAGGGAAGGACAGUCAUUCACAGCAUAGAACGGAAAGACUGUGCACAGCAUCCAAAUAUCCCAAUGAUAGUGGUGGGUGUCACCCUUGCUAUCCUUCUCAUUGGCAUUGUUUUACUUUGCAUAUGGAAAUUACUGGUGUCACUUCAAGACCGAAAAGAGGUGGCCAAAUUUGAAGCAGAAAAAUCAAAAGUUAAAUGGCAAACGGAAACAAAUCCACUGUACAGAGGCUCAACAACCACUUUUAAAAAUGUGACUUACAAGAACCAAGAUAUGCAUAAAAGACCCAUGGCUGCAGAUUUCUAUUAGCACCUCCAAAACUACAAACUGUUUUAUUGGCAGGAAAUCUAAAUCUAAACUUGUUUCUUCUCAGCUGAUUAUGUGAUAUUUGUUUACAAGUUGCAGUGGUAUAACCAUUCUGUUAGAGAAUAUAUAUAUCUUGUGC